AUGGAUUGUAUUACUACAGAUAAUAAAAAAGAUGAGUUAUAUUUAAUUAAAAGAGAAGAUAUGGAAAUAGUAUCAGAAAUAGCAGGUAAUUCAUUCAUUAAUGAUCCAUAUUUUAAAUAUAUGUUUUAUGAACUUGGAGAAGAGGAAAGACAUAGUUUUAUGUUUGAUAUGGAACGUGCAUUCGUAGAUCAAAUCGUAGAUUUCAAUGAAUGCUAUGCACUAGAUUCAUCAUUUAAUAGCAUAGCUUUUAUAUUACCACCAUCAAUAGGUUGGCCUGAAGAUAAAUGGGAUGAAUUCACUGAUUCUCAAAGAGAUUUAUUAUUAAAAAAAGGUUUAACUUUAACUCAUGAAAGAUUAUUAAAAUUAGAAGAUGUAAUUUCAAUUAGAUUUGAAGAAUUUGAUGCAUUAAAUUGUUAUUAUUUGGUUACAUUAGCUACAAAUAUUAAAUUUAGAAAACAAGGAUUAGCAUCAAAAUUAUUAAAUAAAUUAUUUGAAAAGUUUGAUCGUGAACAAAAGAGAUGUUAUAUUGAAUGUACAAAUGAUGUAAACUUACAAUUUUAUUUAAAUCAUGGAUUCACCAUUUUGGGUCAAGAAAAAUUACCAAAUGUUGGUAAUGUACCAAAUAAUGAUGUACCACAAAUUACUUUUAUGCAUAGAUUACCAAAAAAAAAGAUUGAAUAA